AUGAACAUCAUUAUGGAGACCAUGGUAAAUGGUGAAACGGACAGUAGCGAUACUGAAGUUCAAAGUUUAGAAGAGGAAAGCGGCAAACCCUCCAUUCCCACACACUUACACUUUGACCUCUCGGAUCGCUGCCUCAGGCACCUUUCGGCCGGCGUUUGUAAGAUGGUGGACAUUCAGUCUCUAGACCUCCGCGACAAUUAUCUGACGUCCAUCCCAGAUGACAUCGAGAAUCUUCGAGAUCUCAAGGUUUUAAAUCUCAGCGGUAACACGAUCGUUGACUAUUCUUUCCUGUCGAGGUUACAGUCACUUACGGAGCUCGAUCUCUCAAACCAGAAUCUGAGAAGCAUUCCAGAAGAAGUAUUCCAUAUCCCUUCGCUUGAGAUUCUUCGCGUAGCCGACAACGAGAUUGCUGAAAUCCCCGAGAGCAUCUCGAAGUUGGCGGGCCUCCGCGUCUUAGAUGUCUCCGGAAAUCGAAUCUCGUCCUUUCCGAUUUCAACCUUGAGCAAACUGAAGGAGUUGUACAUGUCCCGCGUACAGCUACAGGUGGUCCCGGAAGACGUGUUUGCCCUAGAAGCCCUAGAGGUGUUAGACAUUUCAAAUAACAAAGUAAAAUCCCUACCCGUCAAGCUAGGUAAACUGUACAGACUUCGAGUACUCAAGCUUAGUGAAAACAACAUUUCUACAUUCGAAGUCUUGCCAGCUUUGCAGUGCUUAGAAGAGCUCGAUCUUUCAACGAUGAGGCUUAAGUCCAUCCCGAAAGAAGUGUUUUACCUGACGCACUUGAAGACGCUGAAACUAAGCAAUAACAAGAUCAGAACGAUCCCCGGGGACAUAGAAAGACCCACGGCCUUACAGACGCUGAUUCUGGACAACAACAAGAUAUCCAGCGUCUCCGACGUGCUGGACAAGAUGAAGUUCCUACGUCACUUGUCGCUUAGCAACAACAACCUGACAGACUCGGGGUUCCCUGUCGAUGACGUAGACAUUACGGGCCUUGAGUACCUCAAUCUAGACGGGAACAAACUCACAGCCAUCCCUCCGUGCGUGUUCCAGGCACAGAAGCUGGUCUCCUUGAGCGCCGAAGGAAACAGGAUCAGGGUCCUGCCGAAAGAGACGGCUUCCCUGAAAGAUAUUCGGGUUCUAAAACUCAAGAACAACAGGAUCCGAGAAGUUGCUGAUGAAGUCGGCAAACUGAGCGAAAUGCGGCAUCUAGACCUGAGCGAGAACAGACUGAACGGCAUCCAUCCGUCAAUACUCGAGAUGAGACAGGUGGAAAGUCUGGACCUGAGCAAAAACCGAGUCAUCAAAAUCCCCCGCGAAAUCUCCCAUCUGCGGCGACUGCAAACGCUCAAACUCAGGUGCACUGAUUUGAGGGAGGUGAACGACGCACUAUUCGACAUCGACGAUCUGCGCGAACUGGACAUUGGGCAAAAUCCGAGAAUGUUCAUCUCAGGGAAAAUCUCAAAACUCAGGCGUUUAAAAACGCUCAGUCUUGACGGCUGUCGUUUAAGCGGACUUCCCAGAGAGCUGUUCGAGCUCCCAAACUUGGAAGUAAUCGACAUCAGUGACAACGACAUCCACACCAUCCCGACAGCUAUUGAGAACUUGAAGAACCUGAAGACUCUUCACGCAAACCGACUGUUCUUAGACAGUGUGCCAUAUUCCAUUUUAGGCCUCAGGAAGCUCAGGUGUCUCUUUCUUCAAGGCAAUAGAAUCAAGAAGAUCUCCGAAAGUAUCUCUAUGUUGAAGGAGCUACAAGUAUUGGACCUCUCCGGUAACAAGAUCCGUACCGUUCCUGCUCAGCUAGGAGAAAUCAGUACUCUACAAAGCGUCAAUUUGGAACGCAACUGGGUCCAAAACCUGAAGCCCCUCUGCAAACUGGAGCAUCUCGAGUCACUGAACAUCAGUAGCAACGGCCUAUACUCCCUACCAGAGGACGUCACCGAGCUUUCUCAGCUGAAGCACCUACGGGUAAAUCACAACAGGUUAACCAACCUGCCAGAACAGUUCGGGAAGCUCAGAAGACUAAAGGUCUUGGAUCUAAGUAAGAACAACAUCGAGAGCCUCCCUGAUUCGUUUUCAAGUCUCAAUGCCCUUUCAGUUCUCCGUCUUGCCUCCAAUGACAUGUCGUCGUUCCCCACAGAGGUGUGUGGGAUCAACACCCUGACGGACGUUGACCUUUCCUCCAACAAGAUCCCAUCGUUACCAUUCGGAGUGGGCCUAUUGGAAAACGUGGAGGUCCUGAAUCUAAGCAAGAACAAGCUACCAGAUGACAUGCAUGACGUUAUCAGUCAGAUGACUAGUCUCAAGCGCCUUGACUUAAGUCAAACUGGUAUGACCAAAGUACCAGACACCAUUUCUCGUUUGGAGGAGCUCGAAUAUCUCAACAUAUCCGGUAACAAAUUGCAGUACAUUCCGUCCGAGAUGUUUGAGCUUCAUUUCCUUGAAGAAAUCGAUGCUAGUAGCAACGUUCUCAAAGAAUUGCCGGUAGAUGAAGUACAGGAAAGUGACGUAGAGAGGUUGCUGCUGGGAGGAAACUAUCUCGACGAGUUAUCGCGGAACAUCAACACGCUGAUGUACCUUGAGCGCCUUGAUCUUAGCCGUAACAAUCUCCGCGACUUGCCGGAAAGUCUCAGCUUCUUACCGUGCCUGGAAAUCCUCAAUCUGUCCGGUAACCGACUCAGACACUUUCCGCCGGAAUUCUCCGGGCUUAUGCUCGAGGUUCUAGACUUGUCCGACAACGGGCUUAGAUUCAUCCCAAGGGAGGUCACAGACAUGCUGUCCCUGCAAACACUGAACAUCAGUCGCAAUAAGAUCAAAGUCAUGGGAGACAGAAUGUGCCAGUUGGACAGUUUGGUGGAGUUCGACAUCAGUAGGAAUAGUGUAUCCAGCCUCCCAGAAAACAUCUACCUUCUGGACAACUUGGAGAGACUCAUUGCGUCGUACAACAACAUCUCUUCGGUCGUACAUAACGUUUGCGAGCUGCCCAGCCUUGAGUAUUUGGACCUUCGCCACAACCAGAUAGAAAAGGUCCCCAGCGACAUUGGCAGUCUGUCACAGCUACGUGUCCUGUUGCUCAGUGGGAACAAAAUCGCUUACGUAACGGGGGUUGACCUGGCAAAGGCCGUAGAGCUAGUCCUGUUGGAUCUGAGCCGGAAUCUUCUGACCUCCAUACCAAGCAGUGUGUGCCAGUCGGCAUCUCUCAGAGUCCUGAAACUCAACGAAAACAAGAUAGAGGGCGUCCCUACGUACAUCGCGCGUGCGACUGGUCUGACCGAACUGCAACUCCGCGGAAACAGGAUCUUCGUGGUGUGCCGAGAGAUCUCCGAGCUGCACAACCUGCGGAAAGUUGAUCUUUCCUACAACCUUCUGUCCACUCUGCCGCUGUCUGUCUGUCACAUGAGCAACCUGGAAGUCCUGGACAUCAGUCACAACAGAAUAUACUACUUGUCUUCGGACGUGGAAAAGAUGAAGAAGAUCAGGUCCUUCAGAGCAGCCGGAAACAAGAUCCAUCAGCUUCCGGAACAGAUCCUCAAACUAGACCGCCUAGAGCACGUCAUUCUACACGAGAACAAUAUCAACCUGUUACCGAGCGCCAUGCCCCCUAACGUGGUGACGCUGGACCUGAGCUGUAACGGCAUCUCGCGGUUGGGAUCAAGUUUGGGAAAGAUGCAAAAUCUCGAGGUACUAAACUUGGCUGACAACAGAGUGGACAACUGUAGAGGUGUGUUUGGCCCGAGCACCUUCCCCAGUCUUCGCGUCCUGAAUGUGAGGAAUAACGCCAUCAUGUCUCUGCCCAACGUAGGUCACCUGCGAUCUCUGACAUCUUUGGACGCAAGAGCCAACAGCGUUUCGGACUUCGUAGAACUUUGCAAUGCCUCAAAUCUCCGGGUUCUCAAGGUUGACAACAAUCUCAUCACAGAAAUUCCCGACGAAAUCUCAAAGUUAGAGCAUAUUGAGCUUCUGUCGCUGAGUGGAAACUGGCUAGAUGAUUUGUCGCCGCGCUUGUCGGAGCUGUCCAAGAUUCGCCGCCUUGCCUUCAACAACUGCAUGCUCACAGAGGUUCCCCCAGAGGUUGGGGAGCUACGCACUCUUAGGAGUAUUGAACUAAAAGACAACGAACUGGAAGACUUCCCUGAUGUCCUUUUGUACUUGCCACAUCUCACCAACGUUGCUCUGGACGGCAACAGGCUCGGCAUAAUCCCAGACGAUGUGCGGCGGUUCGAGAGUCUAAAGGCGUUGAGUCUCUCCAGAAACAACAUAGAGACUCUGCCGAGUACACUCUGUCAUGUCGACAAUCUGCAGUGGCUUGAUGUCAGGAAGAACAAGCUAACGAUUCUACCGCCAGACAUCGUCCGGCUGGAGGAACCUACGAUCUUAACGUCGGGAAACAACCUGGUCAGCCCCCCACAAGAAGUGUGUGACCAGGGCUUCGCCGCCAUUGCCAGCUUUUUCGCAGAGACGGCGCGGUCGGACGCCGUACUGCGGCCUCGCCUGAAGGUUAUUCUCCUCGGCUCCAUCCUCGCCGGGAAGUCGAGUUUGAGAAAAUCGCUCGUCAACAACUCGCCGUUCCUGACAGAAGUGGAAGCGAGAACCCACGGAGUGGAGCUGGAAUCCGUCAAGCUCGAGGACAUUGAGCUUCUCCUGUACGACACGGGCGGUCACGAGGUCUACGCGCACACGUACAAGUUUUUCCUCGAAGCGGGAUCACUCCACGUUCUGACAAUCAACCUCCGACACUACUCUCGCAACAACUUCUUCAAUGAGGUGGGUGGCUGGCUGGUCGCACUUGGCGCUCGAGUUCCCGGAGCUAACGUUCUUAUAGUAGGGACCCACUCCGACCUGUGCUCCGUGGAAGACGUUCAGAUGAAGAGCGAAGACAUCUUGUUCCAGAUACGGAAGAUGGAGCGCGAUGGGAUACGAGAGCUGGAGAAGCAAAUCGGCAGCAUAGCUGACGUACUUGAAGAAGCAAGUGAUAAGGACGACCUCGGAGACAUUCCGUCUGACGAGUCUCUGCAACAAAAGCAGAAACACCUCACUCAUCUGCUGACCGACCGACUCAACAUCAUCCCAAACAUCGUAACGAUUAGUUCCAAAACCUUCUCCGGUAUCCCUCAACUGAGAGAGAAACUUGUGGACAUCGCGAGAAGCCGAAACAUGUUCCCAAACAUCCAUCGGGAGAUCCCGGCUUCGUGGUCGCGUCUCGAAGAUGCCCUGGAAGCCGACAGGAGGACAAACCCGGGCAGGGUGUACCUGACUGUGGCCGACUUUGCCAGAAUAGCAACACAAUCAGCAGAACUGAAAGGGAAAGAUGCCAUCAAAGCGGCUCUGACAUACCUGGACAACAGCGGCUCUCUGAUGUACAGUCCCGAAGUUGGGCCCUACGUUUUCCACAACCCCUUACUUCUGAUGGAUGCAUUCAAAACGGUCUUUGAGCACGAACCAGAAGAACUGCUUGACUUCGGCAACCCUGUGUUCAGCGAGUUCGGACACUUUGACAGAUUCAGCUUCGCCCGAGCAAAACGGGACUUUCUGGGGCAGGCUGUUCUCUCGCGAGACAUGCUCGACUGUCUUCUGUCAAUCUUAAAGGUAGAUGCCGAGGUUGUGGACGCCCUUAUCGGCCUCAUGAAAGUCUUCGGCCUCUGCUUCUCCAUGCGACCCCGCAAGAACCAGGAUAUGAGCGAACUCCUCCGUUUUCCCUACUUCCUGCAAGAGGAAACAUUUGAAGACUACCAGGAGAACUGGCCCGUGACGCUCCCCGUCGGAAUGAAACAGAUCGAGAUAGAGUUUCUCCUCCACAAGCUCUGCCCCCCGGGACUGUUCGGAACGCUGUGUGCGAAGAUCAACCCGUACGUGGCGCACCGGAUCGACUGGGUGAACGGGGUGUACGGGCGAGCGGACGGGAGGCACCUGCUAAUCGUGCGGGAGAUCCUGGACGACCACACCAGCGUAGCGAUCGCCGUGCGGGCGAGGGACGACGUGACCGGGCUGUGGCGACUCCUGGUUCCGGUUCUGAAUGAGAUGGAAACUCUGCUCAGCAGCUGGCCAGGACUACGCUACGACCGUUUCGUGGUGUGCCCAGGAUGCCUUGAGACCGGCAUGCAGUACCCUCAGCGUCUGGACGGGGGCAUUCUGAACCAGGCCCACGACAAGCGGACGGCCCGGAUCGUGUGCGAGGGCUCCGGCAACAACGGAGAACACCUGGUGGACCCUAACCUGCUCUUCCCGCCAUCGUCAGAGCGACUUGACCAGAAACCUAGGAAAACAUCAAUGACAACCCCGAAACACAAAGAAGGGACGAAGACGAGAGGACGUCACAGUUAUGACAGCGUACCGAAGACGUACGUCCUUCCGUCCUACAAGUGCCUCGACGGCGACGACGACGUCUACAUGGCAUUUGAUGUGGACGUCGACGUCAACGCCGAUGAACCCCCGACGUUUGCCAUCUCUACGUCGUCAGGGUCAACCACUGAGUGGUCCCACACGGAGGGUGACGUAAGUGACGACGACCUUUGGCUGCCAGGGGAGGAU